UAAACCGCAGAGCUCAUGAAGACAUGGAAGUGCUUCUCUCAAACUUUCCUGGUCGAUGAUGAUUGAAUCACAUCCGUCUUCGCCUCUGAAUCCCUGCCAUAGGCCACACUUGAUGACUUCUGAUGUCCUGGACUCAACCCGAGGCUGAACCAUGGUCAUUCUGCAGCAGGGGGACUAUGUGUGGUUGGACCUUAAAACGGGCCGAGAGUUUGAUGUCCCUGUGGGAGCUGUGGUCAAAUUGUGCGACUCUGGACAGAUCCAAGUUCUGGAUGAUGAAGGCAGGGAACACUGGAUCUCCCCUCAGAACGCCACCAACAUCAAACCCAUGCACCCGACCUCCAUCCAUGGGGUGGAAGACAUGAUCCGUCUUGGCGACCUCAACGAGGCUGGCAUCCUCCGCAACCUGCUCAUCCGCUACAACGAACGCGUCAUCUACACAUACACAGGCUCGAUCCUAGUGGCAGUCAACCCCUACCAGCUGCUCCCCAUCUACACUCCGGACCAGAUCCGCCUCUACACCAACAAGAAGAUCGGCGAGAUGCCGCCGCACAUAUUCGCCAUAGCAGACAACUGCUACUUCAACAUGCAGCGGAACAACAAGGACCAGUGCUGCAUCAUCAGUGGUGAGUCUGGAGCUGGGAAGACCGAAAGCACAAAGCUGAUUCUCCAGUUCCUCGCAGCCAUCAGCGGCCAACACUCCUGGAUAGAGCAGCAGGUCCUAGAGGCCACGCCGAUCCUCGAAGCCUUUGGCAAUGCCAAGACAAUCCGCAAUGACAACUCCAGUCGCUUUGGGAAGUACAUCGACAUCCACUUCAACAAGCGAGGGGCCAUUGAAGGAGCUAAGAUAGAGCAGUACCUGCUGGAGAAGUCUCGAGUGUGUCGACAGGCUCCAGAUGAGAGGAACUACCAUGUUUUCUACUGUAUAUUGAAAGGGAUGCCUCCAGAGAUGAAAGCGAAGCUGGGUCUGGGCCUCGCCACGGACUACUCCUACCUCACCAUGGGUAACUGUACAGAGUGUGACGGCCGUGACGACCUGAGCGAUUACUCCAGCAUCCUGUCAGCCAUGAAGGUCCUCAUGUUCACCGAGACAGAGAACUGGGAGAUUUCCAAGCUGCUGGCCGCCAUUUUACACAUGGGAAACCUGCGAUUCGAGGCUCGUACGUAUGACAACCUGGACGCCUGUGUGGUUGUGAGAUCUCCUGACCUGGUCACCGCUGCUUCGCUCAUGGAGGUGGAGCCCAAGGAUGUGAUGGUGUGUUUGACCACACGAACCCUGAUCACUCGUGGUGAAAGUGUCGCCACGCCUCUCAGUGUGGAGCAAGGCCUGGAUGUCAGGGAUGCCUUUGUCAAGGGGAUCUACGGCCGGCUGUUCGUCUGGAUUGUGGAUAAGAUUAAUGCUGCCAUAUACAGACCACCGUCCUGCGAGAGUGAUGUCAUACGCAGAUCGAUCGGGUUGCUGGACAUCUUUGGCUUUGAGAACUUCAUCGUCAACAGCUUUGAGCAGCUCUGCAUCAACUUCGCCAACGAGAACCUGCAGCAGUUCUUCGUUCGCCACGUCUUCAAACUGGAGCAGGAGGAGUACAACCUGGAGGACAUCAGCUGGAAGCACAUCGAGUUCACGGAUAACCAGGACGCGCUGGACAUGAUCGCCAACAAACCCAUGAACAUCAUCUCCCUCAUCGAUGAGGAGAGCAAGUUCCCUAAGGGAACUGAUGCUACGAUGCUGUAUAAGCUCAACUCACAGCACAAGCUCAACUCCUACUACAUCCCUCCUAAAAACAGCUACGAAACCCAGUUUGGUAUUCAACACUUUGCUGGUGUGGUGCAUUACGAGACCAGAGGAUUCCUGGAGAAAAACCGAGACAGCCUCCACACGGACAUCAUCCAGCUCGUCCACUCGUCCAAGAACAAGUUCAUCAAACAAAUCUUCCAGGCUGAUGUAGCCAUGUUUCUGUGUGGCUAUCAGCAGCCCAGCACCCCUGCUCCCAAGGGUGUUGAGACGAGGAAACGUUCUCCCACUCUGAGCAGUCAGUUCAAACGCUCCCUCGAGAUGCUGAUGAGGACGCUCAGCGUUUGCCAGCCGUUCUUCGUUCGCUGUAUAAAACCCAACGAGCUCAAGAAACCGAUGCUAUUUGACAGAGAGCUGUGUAUUCGUCAGCUUCGCUACUCCGGCAUGAUGGAGACCAUCCGGAUCAGGCGGGCCGGUUAUCCCAUCAGAUACAGCUUUGCUGAGUUUGUGGACCGUUACCGAGUCCUUAUGCCCGGCGUCAAACCCGCUCACGUACAGGAGGACCUUCGAGGAACCUGCCAGCAGAUCGUCCUGGCCCGGCUGGGAAAACACGACGACUGGCAGAUCGGAAAGACCAAGAUUUUCCUGAAGGACCACCAUGACAUGCAGCUGGAGAUCGAGAGAGACAAGGCCAUCACUGACAAGGUCAUUCUCAUCCAGAAGGCUGUGCGCGGACUUAAAGAGAGGACUAACUUUCUCAGGCUGAAGAACGCUGUAAUUUUUAUCCAGAAGGUCUGGAGGGGUUAUCGGUGCAGAAAGAAUUACCAAAUUAUGCAGUCAGGCUUCUUGCGCCUCCAGGCCGUCUACAGGUCGAGGAAGUACUACAGGAGCUACCGGACGACUCGCCUUCGUGUAACUCUCAUCCAAGCCCGCUGCCGUGGUUUCCUCAUCCGGCAGACUUUCUGGCGGCGUCUGCGUGCCGUGUUGACCAUCCAGGCCUACACCAGGGGCAUGAUAGCCAGACGCCUCUGCCAGAGGCUCAGGGCAGAGCUGCAGCAUCGCCUGGAAGCCGAGCGCCAGCGCCUGGCCGAGGAGGAGCAGCUGCGAAACCAGAUGACGGCUCGGCGGGCCAAGGCGGAGGCCGAGAGGAAACACCAGGAGCGACUCGUCCAACUGGCCCAGCAGCAGGAGGAGCGGGAGAGGGAGGAGAAGGAGGAGGCGAGGAGGAAGAAGGAGCUGCUGGAGCAGAUGGAGAGGGAGAAGGAGCAGCCCGUCGAUCACUCAGACAUGGUCGACCGCAUGUUUGGUUUCCUGGGGAACUCGGGGCCGCUGCCCAACCAGGACGGGCAAGGACCAGCUGGCUUUGAAGACUUGGAGAACACUCCUCGCAGUGAGGAAACCGAAGAAGAGGUGCUGAAUGAAGCUCCGCCGUUACCUGAGGAAGAGGAGGAGGAUUUGUCUGAGUACAAAUUCUCUAAGUUUGCAGCCACCUACUUCCAGGGCGUCUCCACUCACACCUACAUCAGACGACCCCUGAAACAACCUCUGCUUUUUCACGAGGACGAAGGAGAUCAGCUGGCUGCUUUAGCCGUGUGGAUCACCGUGUUGAGGUUCAUGGGCGACCUCCCCGAGCCCAAGUGCCAGAUGGUCAUUAACGACGGCAGCGAAAAGAUCCCCGUCAUGACCAAGAUCUACGAAACCCUCGGCAAGAGGACGUAUAAGAGGGAGCUGCAGGACCUGCAGGUGGAGGGGGAGAACAGCUCCAUAGACGCCCAGAAGAGGAACAGCGUCAGACAUAAACUUGUGUCUCUCACACUGAAGAGGAAAUCCAAGAUCACUGAGGAGGUCACCAGGCGGUUGACCGAGGGCGACCACGGCCUCCAGGGGAACAGCAUGCUGGAGGAACGACCCACCUCCAACCUGGAGAAACUCCACUUCAUCAUCGGCAACGGCAUCUUACGGCCCGCCCUCAGGGAUGAGAUCUACUGUCAGAUCUGCAAACAGCUCACCCAGAAUCCGUCCAAGAGCAGCCACGCCCGAGGGUGGAUCCUUCUGUCUCUCUGCGUGGGCUGCUUCGCCCCGUCAGAAAAGUUUGUCAAAUAUUUAAGGACUUUUCUGAACAACGGUCCCCCUGGUUAUGCUCCAUAUUGCGAGGAAAGGUUGAGGAGGACGUUUGUCAACCGUACACGGACUCAGCCGCCGUCAUGGUUGGAGCUGCAGGCCACUAAAUCUAAGAAGCCCAUCAUGCUACCAGUAACAUUUAUGGAUGGCACCACCAAGACCCUUCUGGCAGACUCGGCCACCACUGCCAGCGAGCUCUGCAACGCCCUGGCCGACAAGAUCAACCUGAGAGAUCGAUUCGGCUUCUCGCUGUACAUCGCUCUGUUUGACAAGGUGUCGUCGUUGGGCAGCGGUAGCGACCACGUCAUGGACGCCGUCUCCCAGUGUGAGCAGUAUGCGAAGGAGCAGGGCGCCCAGGAGAGGAACGCCCCCUGGAGGCUGUUCUUCAGGAAGGAGAUCUUCACGCCCUGGCACAACCCUGCGGAGGACUACAGCGCCACAAACCUCAUUUACCAGCAGAUCGUCCGAGGGGUGAAGUUCGGAGAGUACCGCUGUGAGAGGGAGGAGGACUUAGCGGAGCUGGCCUCUCAGCAGUACUAUGUGGAUUAUGGCUCUGAGAUCCUCCAGGAUCGCCUGCUCAGCCUCAUCCCCUCCUACAUCCCAGACAGAGAAAUCACCUCGACUAAGACGGCGGAGAAGUGGUCUCAGCUCAUCAUCAACGCCCACAAAAAGGGAUUACACACAAAAAGGAGGUUGAACACGCAGAGGGUGAAGGAGGACGUGGUGGAUUUCGCUCGUUUAAAGUGGCCUUUACUCUUCUCACGCUUCUACGAGGCCUUCAAAUUCUCAGGGCCUAGUCUGCCCAAGAACGACGUGAUCGUGGCCGUGAACUGGACUGGGGUUUACUUUGUGGACGAACAGGAGCAGGUCCUGCUGGAGCUCUCUUUCCCAGAGAUCACUGCUGUGUCCAGUAGCAGAGGGGGUAAACUCCAGGGCCAGAGUUUUACCUUGGCCACCAUGAAAGGAGACGAGUACACGUUCACCUCCAACAAUGCAGAGGACAUCCGCGAUCUGGUGGUCACCUUCCUCGAGGGUCUGAGGAAGAGGUCCAAGUAUGUGGUGGCUCUGCUGGACUGUCCCAACCCUGCGGGGGCAGAUUCCACGUUCCUGAGUUUCUCAAAGGGGGAUCUGAUCAUCCUGGACGAACACGACGGAGAGCACGUGAUGAACUCUGGCUGGGCUCACGGCAUCAACGACAGGACCAAACACAGAGGAGACUUCCCUGCCGACUGCGUCUACGUGCUGCCCACCAUCACCAGACCUCAGUAUGACUUAGUGGCUCUAGUGACCAUGACUCCUGAUCAGAGGCGAGAAUCCAUCGGUUUGUCCCAGAUGAACGUUUCCGACAAAGAGGACAAAACCAAGGCCUACACACUGGAGGAGUUCUCUUACGACUACUUCAGGCCUCCUCCGAAGAGCACUCUGAGCAGGGUGAUGAUCUCUAAAACCCGGGGGAAGGAGCGUCUGUGGAGCUGCACCAGGGAGCCGCUCAAACAGCCUCUGCUGAAGAAAGUCCUGGCUCACGAGGAGCUCUCCCAGGAGGCCUGUCUGGCCUUCGUAGCUGUGAUGAAGUACAUGGGCGACUAUCCGUCCAAACGAGCGCGAUCUGUCAACGAGCUCACCGAUCAGAUCUUCGAAGGAGCACUGAAGGCCGAGCCGCUCAAAGACGAGAUCUUCUGUCAGAUUCUCAAACAGCUCACAGAUAAUCACAUCAAGUACAGUGAGGAGAAGGGCUGGGAGCUGCUGUGGCUCUGCACUGGUUUGUUUCCUCCCAGUAACAUCCUGCUGCCUCACGUCCAGAAGUUCCUCCAGGCCAAGAAACACUAUCCGCUGGCUCCGGACUGCAUGCAGCGCCUACAGAAAGCCUUACGAAAUGGAUCGAGAAAGUACCCUCCUCACCUGGUGGAGGUGGAGGCCAUCCAGCACAAAACCACUCAGAUCUUCCACAAAGUUUACUUCCCGGACGACUCAGACGAGGUGUUUGAAGUGGAGUCGAGCACCAAAGCCAAAGACUUCUGCCACAACAUCUCUGGACGUCUGAUGCUCAAAUCCUCUGAGGGCUUCAGUCUCUUCGUCAAGAUCACUGACAAGGUCAUCAGCGUGCCCGACGGAGACUUCUUCUUCGACUUUGUGAGGCACCUGACCGACUGGAUCAAGAAAGCCAGACUCGUAAAAGACGGUGUAGUGCCUUCACUGACGUAUCAGGUGUUCUUCAUGAAGAAGCUGUGGACCAACACCGUGCCGGGAAAAGACUCCAUGGCCGACUCCAUCUUCCACUACUACCAAGAGCUGCCUAAGUAUCUGCGAGGUUACCACAAGUGUUCGAGGGAGGAGGUGUACCAGCUGGCAGCGCUGAUCUACAGGGUGAAGUUUGAUGAGGACAAAUCCCACUUUCAGAAUAUUUCUAAGAUCCUGAAGGAGCUCGUCCCGCAGGACCAGAUCCGACACCUGUCCCCCGACGACUGGAAGAGGUCCAUCAUGACUCUGUUCAACAAGCACUCAGGGAAGACUCGAGAAGAGGCCAAACUCUCCCUCCUCAAGAUCAUUUACAAGUGGCCCACGUUUGGUUCUGCCUUCUUUGAAGUGAAGCAAACAACGGAUCCAAAUUACCCAGAAACCCUCCUGAUAGCGAUCAACAAACAUGGAGUCAGUCUGAUUGAUCCAAAGUCUAAGGACAUCCUCACCACUCACCCCUUCACUAAAAUCUCCAACUGGAGCAGCGGCAACACAUACUUCCACAUCACCAUCGGAAACCUGGUCCGAGGCAGCAAACUGCUGUGCGAGACCUCACUGGGCUACAAAAUGGACGACCUCCUGACCUCUUACAUCAGCCAGAUGCUGACGACCAUGACCAAACAGCGAACCUCCCGGGGCAACAGCAAAUGAGCAGACGGCCGGCCAGAAACUCAUCGAUCACGGUCAAAUCAAUCCUGCAUUCACUCACACACACACAACUGUCCACGUAGCCAGUGUUAAUACCUGUAAACAAAUUGUCCCACCGAGGGUUUAUUAAGACAGAUGACUGAUGGUUAACUGUGUAAUGCCAACGUUUUCCUUUCUGUUAUUAUUAUUAGUAUCGGCCCUGUCUUAAAACUCACCCGUUGCCUUUUAAUGACCUUUUCCCAGCAAACCACAUGUAACAUGGCUGUUUGGAUGACUUUUUACUCUACAACUCCAGUACUCUGCAAUAUAUAAUAAUAAGAGAGGUUUCUUAUCUCUAAUGAGCUUCUUUACAACUAUUUUUAAGCUUGUGAGGCUUUGGUCCCGUUAUCUGCUGGUAUUCAGGAGAACUCCACAGGUGUGGUGACCUGUACGAGCUGCAGGAGGUGGAGGUCAGACAGAGAUUAACUAUAGUGUACGUUUAUUUAAAAAUUGUACAUAAUGUUUGACAAUUAACACUAAAAUUUUUCAAUUUUCACUUUCAGCAUUUUGUUCAUUCUUGUGGUGAAAAUACUGUGCAGGUUUUCAUCACUUGAUACGGAGCAACGUUUCUGAUGUAAAUGAUAAAUUUAAAGAAAAUUCCUUGAUCGAUCAUCUGGAAAAUUAACAAUUAAUUAUCUGUUAAUCUUCUCUGUAUGGCAGAAAGAGUCUAUGGCAGAAAAGAGGCUACUGAAGAAAGUGUGUGAAAUCUUCAUUCCAAGAAGAAAUUAUAGUCCAACAACAAUCCUCUGAAAUAAAGCCUUUAAAGUUCAAACUGAACAAAUUAACAAACCAAAGCUACAGCGCUCAUCAUAAACGCAACUGAGAAUCUUUCACGAAAAAGUUAUCAAAUUACAUAAUAUUAGGUUAUUUAGUGCAGACAAUUUCCCCAAAACUUCUCCUGCUCUCUUGAUGUUUACCUUCGAUUUCUGCAACCGCUCAAAAGCAGUACAGUUUUCUGUUAAAUUUAAAUGGCGCCUCCUGCUGGUUGCUACCACAUAGUGAAAAUCAUACUGUUUCAAGGUGCACUACACAACUUCGUUGAUACGAACUUAUCAAUUAAAUUCCAUCGUCAAAAUUCUUAGUCUAUUAUUUAGCCCAUCAUCAGGGGUAUUUUGGGGUUCAGUAUCUUGCCUGAGGAUACCUCUGCACGCAGCCUGGAGCAGCUGGGGAUAAAAUACUUUGCACACAGAGAAUCAGGAGACUUAGGGCUUUUAAAUCAUGUAUAAUUUGCCAAUGUUGUGUGAAGACUGAGUCUGGAACAGACUGAGACAGACCUAAGUAGUAGUAGUAGUAGGUAAGUAGUGCUACCAAGGGUUAUGUCUUUGACUGACAUCCAUCUCCUGCAGCUCUAACAGGUUAACACACCACUAAAUAUCAUCAGACACACUCUUAGUCCUAAAUGUAGGAUGCAGGUAAAGGAUACAGCCCUUCAUCUCUGACCAUAAGAAAGAUCGGGGCCUGAUAACUGGGCCUGAAACAGCCACGACCAAAAUCCUAGAUAAAGAGGUCUGUCUUGUUGCUUUUUGAUCAUUUGUCUUGUAAGUAGCUUUAUUUUUUCAAUUUGCAUCCGUAUUUAUACUCAGAGUUGUUCUAAGUUUACCGAACCAGUUUAAAACGUAGUCACUUUUGAAUGUUUUAGUUCAAAUCUCUUAAAAUAGAAACCACACCAAAGGAAACCUAUCAUUCAAGAAUGACCCAAAGUUUGUUUUUAAUUAAUGCAGUCAGAAUUAUUGGACAUAUUAAGAAGAGACAUGCUGAUGAUUUUUUUAUUCCAUGUGUGAGGAAACAGACCAUUCGUGUGCCACAACGUCCAAACACCACCUGUUUGUAUGAGUUGAUCCACAGUAGUUAAUCUGUUUGUAGAACACGUCCAUGUAUCUAUACACGUACUGUAGACGGUGAAUGAUUUUAUCCUCAUUUGUCUGUUUUUUCUAAAUGUGUGAACCAUUAGUGUUGAUUUUUAAGCACCAGGAAAUAAUCACAUUACAUUUUUUGACCAUGUUUAUUAAGGAGCAACUGUUUCAUCCAUGAUGUGACCACAUAUCCUGAUGUAGACGUUAAUAAAUGACAUUUUGCCAAAGAAAUAAUUAAGUUAAUUUCUCCUUAAUUCACCGCUGUACCCCAGUGAGUUGUAGAUUGCAUUGAG